AUGAUGCUGUUGAGGCAUAAAAGAACACAUACUGGAGAGAAACCCUACGAAUGUAAUCAGUGUGGAAAAGCCUUUUCACAAAAAGGACAUCUCCAAGUACAUAAAAUAAUACAUACUAGAGUGAAACCCUACAAAUGUAAUCAGUGUGGGAAAGCCUUUUCACAACACAUAUAUCUCCAAAAGCAUAAAAGAACACAUACUGGAGAGAAACCAUAUGAAUGUAAUCAGUGUGGUAAAGCCUUUUCACAACACGGACAUCUCCAAGUACAUAAAAGAACACAUACUGGAGAGAAACCCUACACAUGUAAUCAGUGUGGGAAAGCCUUUUCACGACACGGACAUCUCCAGGGGCAUAAAAGAACACAUACUGGAGAGAAACCCUACGAAUGUAAUCAGUGUGGAAAAGCCUUUUCACAAAAAGGAAAUCUCCAAGUGCAUAAAAGAAUAAUGUGUCCCUGCUUGGGCAAAUCUGGAUGUAGGAGCUCUAUCAGCUCAGUGGUGCUGCAGCUGCAAAACUUGGAAGCUGGUAAAACAGUCCACUGGGGGAGUCCAGCCACAGCUGCAGAAGUGGGAGGCAGGUACAAAUGUCUUAUGGGAAGCGUUGUGGAGACCCUGCAGCAGUCUGCAGUCCUGGGUGGCCUGAAUGAAAGAACACAUGUUUAUGGGAAACCCUAUGAAAGUAACCAGUGUGGUAAAGCCUUCACACAUCACACUGAUCUUCAAAGGCAUAAAAGGAAUCAGAGUGGAGAGAAACCAUGCAAAUAUAAUCAAUGUGGUAAAGGCUUUUUGCAACACAGUAAACUCCACCUACAUAGAAAAACACAUGCUGGAGAGAAACCCUAUGAAUGGAAUGAGGGGUAG